UUCAAUUUAUGUUUAUCAACAAGUCAUCAGACAGCUGAUUCUUUUUCCCUGUUUUUCUCUUUUCAGUCAUUCAUUAAUUCAUUUCUUGCACUCAAAGCUUGAAAUGGACGAUUCUAUUACACCCAACAAGUUUCAUGACUGUCACAUAUUUAGUCUGUCGUCACAGGGCAGUAUUUAUACGUUGUGUCGACUACCCAAUCCAAAUCCUUACGGUCGUAUUCGAUUACUAGCAGCAUCUUUACGUAGACCAGUCUUCUUGCUAGAAUUCAAUCACGGCUACAAGGAGUCUUUAGUUCCCUAUUCCAGAGAGCUCAGUUUUACAUAUCUUCCAGGAAAUGCCGAAAUUGUGUCUAUCACAUCAUUUUCCAAGCCUGGAUCAAGCAACACUGUUAUUGGAGUUGCCUACAUCAAAGUUGGCAAUACAGAAACUGGCCAAUGUCUCAACAUUUUCACUGUAAAGGAAAGUGGAUCAGAUUUGAAUGCUGAUGGUCUUGCCUUUUCCUGUUCAUUUGAGAUCAACUUUAUUCCAUAUCACCUCACUCAUUGUCUUUGUUCCAACGAAGUUACCAUUGUACUCAGCGGUAGCGAUAACCGAGUUCAUCUUUUUACCGAAGAUUCCAACACUCACAUUGCUCAAGAAAAAAUUGCUAGUGAUGAAUUUCCAGAAUUUGGAAAUGAAUUUCCUAGUGUUGUUCUUUGGAUCGAAUUUCAUAUCUUGAAAGAAAAAUCUCUCCGUUUGACUGCUGUGGGAUGUGAAUGUGGAGGUUUUUUCUUGUACGUCGUCGAUACCGAAUCUAAUUCCAUAAAAUCUUAUGCCAAUGUGAAUCACGGAACGUCCGUCACGUCAUCUAAAUUUUUCGAUUCUUCCGACUCGAUUCAUCUGUUGGUAACCAGCUCGCUUUUACCAGCCACGGUUUAUCGGAAUGUUUUGGAGAACCAGCUGAACGAUUCUGUGAUAUUAGUCGGCAGCGAUAAACAUGAUGUCCUCACAUGCAGCAUAGUCUGCGACAUUCACAUGGACCAGCAGCCCACCAUUCUGCUAGGUACCUACGGUCAAGAGCUCCUGGCCUAUCGGCCCGAAAAUCUCGAAUGGUCUUUGGCUUGGCAAAGGAGUUUCAGUCAUCCAAUACUGGCUCUCGACUACUGUGAUGUAACGGGCGACGGAGUUCGUGAACUCGUCGCUUUAACCACAAGGGGGGUCCAGAUUCUUCAGCACGAUCUGGAGGAAGUUGUAGUCCUCUUUUUGAAACGCCAUUCUUUAUCAAAUCUGCAAAAAAAGUAGUAAAAUAACUUCUUACUUUAUUCUUUUCGAGCCUUCCGCUCCAUUUCACAUUUCCUCGUUUGUAACUUUUACUAUUUACAUUGGGUGUUUUAUGCUGCCAUCCACUUAAGACUUAACAUUAUA